UAUUUACGGAAGUAGUGAAGUGGAGGCGGUUUAGGGGAGCACGGCACAUCCAGCCUGACGACCACGUCUGGUAGAUGUGCUAAUAUGCAGACAGAGAACCAUGUUUCUUGUUUAAAAACCGAUUUGGUGAAAUCCUGCGGGGCAUUUCGUGUUCUUGUUGGCGUAACUGGAAGCGUUGCAGCCUUGAAACUACCUCUUUUGGUCUCCCAGCUUCUUCAGCUCCCUGGGGUGGAUGUAAGAGUGGUCACUACAGAGCAUGCCAAGCACUUCUACAAUCCUGCAGAGGUUUCAGUAAAAAUCUACAGUGACAAGGAUGAGUGGGAGAUGUGGACGCAGAGAUCUGACCCUGUGCUACACAUUGAGCUAAGGCGUUGGGCAGACCUACUUGUCAUCGCCCCCUUAGAUGCCAAUACUCUUGGAAAGAUUGCUAAUGGCAUUUGUGACAAUCUGCUAACGUGUGUGGUAAGAGCCUGGGAUACCAGCCGACCUCUCCUCUUCUGUCCUGCAAUGAAUACAGCUAUGUGGCAGCAUCCCAUUACAGCCCAUCAGGUAUCCAGGCUGAAAGAGUUUGGCUAUGCAGAAAUCCCCUGCAUUGCUAAGAAGCUAGUGUGUGGAGAUGAAGGUAAAGGCGCCAUGGCAGAGGUCUCGACUAUUGUCAGUGUUGUCAAACAGUAUCUGCAGAUACCAGAUGAUUAAUUUCAGAAAACAUGAACGUCACGUCGCAUUGUACAGUCAGCUGGCACCAGAUUACCAGUGAAAAAUAAACAUAAACAUGAUGACUUGUCUUCAAAAUU